AUGAGUCCCAUAGCCAAUUCCACACAAAUAUCUAAUAGAUUAUUCAGAAAUCAAAGAUAUAUGAAUUUAAUUAUAUUAUCAGUAUUUUUGACUAUAUUAAUAGUUACGUCAAUUUCGGCCCAUAAACAUAUGAAGUCAGGAGAAUACUACAACAAAGCUACAGAAAGACUUAAUGCAUUUCUUGAUUCAAAUAAAAAUUCAGGAAAAAAUAAUGAUGAAUAA